UCGACCCUUUGUGUGCAUCAUGUCGGAAAGCGCGGCACGGGGAGACAUGCCGGCCAAGAGGCAGAAACUGAGCGAUGAGAACAGCAAUCCUGACAUGUCGCCAGACGAAAAUGAUGAUGCUGCCAGUAUAGAGAGUGGUACAAAUACAGAGAGACCAGACACGCCUACAAACACACCAAAUGUACCUGGAAGGAAGAGCUGGGGGAAAGGAAAAUGGAAAUCCAAGAAAUGCAAAUAUUCCUUUAAAUGUGUCAACAGUCUUAAGGAGGAUCAUGGUCAACCACUUUUUGGAGUACAGUUUAACUGGCACAGUAAGGAGGGAGAUCCUUUGGUAUUUGCUACUGUUGGCAGCAAUCGGGUCACACUUUAUGAAUGUCACUCUCAAGGGGAAAUACGAUUAUUGCAGUCUUAUGUGGACGCUGAUACAGAUGAAAACUUUUACACGUGUGCUUGGACAUAUGACAGUAAUACAAGCCAUCCUCUCCUGGCUGUGGCAGGAUCAAGGGGCAUUAUCAGAAUUAUUAAUCCUAUCUCCAUGCAAUGCAUUAAGCAUUAUGUUGGACAUGGUAAUGCCAUCAAUGAGCUGAAAUUCCACCCAAGAGAGCCAAAUCUUCUUCUUUCUGUAAGCAAAGAUCAUGCUCUAAGGUUUUGGAACAUCCAGACUGAUACUUUAGUUGCAAUAUUUGGAGGUGUGGAAGGACACAGAGAUGAAGUCCUGAGUGCAGAUUUUGAUCUUCUUGGUGAGAAAAUAAUGUCUUGUGGUAUGGAUCAUUCCCUUAAAUUGUGGCGAAUCAAUUCUGAAAGAAUGUUAAAGGCAAUUAAAGCAUCAAAUGAAUAUAAUCCAAGUAAAACGAACAGGCCAUUCGUGUCACAGAAAAUCCAUUUUCCUGAUUUUUCUACGAGGGAUAUACAUAGGAAUUAUGUGGAUUGUGUGCGAUGGCUUGGAGAUUUGAUAUUAUCAAAGUCAUGUGAAAAUGCCAUUGUGUGUUGGAAACCAAGCAAAAUGGAAGAUGACAUUGAUAGAAUAAAACCAAAUGAAUCGAAUGUGACAAUAUUGGGAAGAUUCGAUUACAGUCAGUGUGACAUCUGGUACAUGAGAUUCUCAAUGGAUUUCUGGCAGAAGAUGUUAGCAUUGGGUAAUCAAGUUGGAAAACUCUAUGUGUGGGACCUUGAAGUGGAAGAUCCUCAUAAGGCUAAAUGCACUACACUGGCUUAUCCAAAAUGCACUGCAGCUAUACGGCAAACCAGUUUCAGCAGAGAUAGCAGUAUACUCAUCGCUGUUUGUGAUGAUGCCACGAUUUGGCGCUGGGACAGACUUCGAUAAAAAAAAAAGAAAAUUAAAUGUUUUAAUUCAUGUACCAAAAUACAAAAAAAGAAUUUUCUCAGCUUGUUUGGCCAGUUUUUCAUUUUCUUUAUUGAAUCUUUUGUCUGCAGAUCUGCUGAUGCAAACUGUGCAGUUACUUGACUUUUUCCUUUGUGCUGCUUGUGCUUUUAUUCCGUCAAUAAAUAUAUAUUUUUAUAUAUUG